UCUUUAAACAAACUUUCCAGUAGGACUGCCUGCUUCCUUUUGCACUGCUGUGUUGGAGCCAGACAAUAGGAGUUUGAGGGACUUCCACAUAUUUCUACCCGAAGUAAAGGCCCAGACCUAACCGCCACCAUGUCGAGCAAGCGUGCCAAGGGAAAGACCACCAAGAAGCGUCCCCAGAGGGCCACCUCCAACGUCUUUGCCAUGUUCGACCAGUCUCAGAUCCAAGAGUUCAAAGAGGCGUUCAACAUGAUCGACCAGAACAGAGACGGUUUCAUAGACAAGGAGGAUCUACAUGACAUGCUGGCCUCUCUGGGUAAGAACCCCUCUGAUGAAUACCUAGAGGGGAUGAUGAGCGAAGCACCAGGGCCAAUCAACUUCACCAUGUUCCUCACCAUGUUUGGAGAGAGGCUCAACGGAACGGACCCCGAGGACGUCAUCCGCAACGCCUUUGCCUGUUUUGAUGAGGAGGGAUCUGGUGUGAUUCACGAGGACCAUUUGAGAGAGCUGCUGACCACCAUGGGCGAUCGCUUCACAGAUGAAGAGGUGGACGAGCUGUUCCGUGAGGCGCCCAUCGACAAGAAGGGAAACUUCAACUACGCAGAGUUCACCCGCAUUCUCAAACACGGCGCCAAAGAAAAGGAUGACGAGUAGAGGGAGACACAGACUGCCUCGGGGCCCCCGCACACAUACUGCAUCAACCCCUAGUUCCUACCUUUUAUGGACUUGGUUUUAGAGAAAUUUAAUAGGAAAAAUAAAGGUAUAUUAUAAAAGGGCAGAAGUGGCCAUUGUGGUAAAAUUAUUCAGAUUUAAACAUGUCUAUGAAAGGUAUGCGCUUGGGAUUCAUUUGGGAUCCACAGAAAUAUUUUGCAUCAUCAUUGAAGGUUACCAUGAAGAAAGGUGUAUUUGCAUCUCAUAGCUACAAGUCUACUGCGGCCUCAGCCAAUUGGACAUUUGAGAUGGAUCAAAAACAUCAUGUGUGUGUGUGUGGGGGUGUUUUUGGCUGUAAGAUUCAGUGCCACGUAUAGUACCAGCAAUGUUUACCUCUUCCUGCCAAUUAGCUACAGCACCUGCAUAAGCACUGCAACAAGUCUACAUCUGUAAUAUUUGUAUCAGUGUGUUAAAAAUUGAUUUAAAAAAAAAUAAUCAUUCCGAUUGUGUUUAUUAAGAGUGCUCAGUACUUGUGCUUGAUGAAAUGGUUAAGAGCUUUUAAUCUAAACUCUCGCAUCAGCUGGUUGUGUGUAUUUCUUGAAGGAUCAGAAUUGUUUAGGACAUUGAAGGAAUUCAGUCUUGAAUUGUUGCUCAGGCAAAUAAAGUAUACUGUACUUUACA